ACUUCCAACACGCACGCGAUAAAAUACACACGCUCGAGCAACGAGAGAGCUAUGGGCAUAAAUAUAUAUAUGAGAAAAAAUCUAAAUUUAACAGUUAAAAAUGAGACUUAUCAAGCCCUAAAGCAGAUCGUUCCCGCCGGACAAAUUAGCUCCUUAGUCGAUAAUUUGCUCCAAGAUUAUUUAAAGCAGAAAAAGCGCGAGCAAUUAAUUGCCGGUUAUAAAUCAGCUGCGAAAAGUAAAAUAGUGCGAGAAGAAGAUAAAAUUUGA